AUGCUCGCCGGCCUCCUCCUCCUGCUCCUCCUCACAGGGAAGGUCUCUCCUGUCCCCACAGUUGUGUAUGGACAGGCCCCUGAGAGAGUGUGCAGCUAUCAGGAUGUUUUAAACUACCUGAACUUGACCAAAGACAAUGAGCUGUUCUCCAUGACCCGCCCUGUUAAAGACUAUAAACAGCCCACAGAAGUAUCCCUGGAAGUGCUGCUGUAUGCCAUUCUAGAUGUGCGAGAGAUUGACCAGAAAUUCGUUUCCUACGUUUGGGUUUUCACGGGCUGGCAGAAUGAAUACAUUCAGUGGAAUCCAGAGGACUUUUGUGGUAUUGAUCAUAUUUCGCUUCCUACUGACGUUUUGUGGAUGCCAGAUAUAUCUAUUGAGGAAAUGACAGAAAAGGACAAAGCCCCUCCAAGUCCUCAUCUCAUCGUCCUCAAUCAUGGGACAGUCAUCGUUAAGAAUGACCAGGUGCUGGUCAGCACCUGCAGGAUGCAUGUUCACAAUUUCCCCUUUGACACCCAGAGCUGCAACCUCUCGUUCAAGUCUGUUGUACAUUCGGUCGACGAAAUACGGCUCAUUCGCUCUCUCAGCUCCGCAGAGGCCACGCUCUGGUCUCGCGAGGUGAUGCUGACCCAGUACGAGUGGCUGUUCAUCAACAUGACGGUCACCAACGAGACUGCCAACAUGUUUGGACUCAAACAAGACAUGAUGAUUUUCACUGUCUCCAUGAAGAGGAGGUCUGCCCUGUACGUCGUCAACUUCCUGCUCCCCAUCCUGUUCUUCUUCAGUCUGGACUUGGCCUCCUUCCUGAUCUCAGACAUCGGGGGCGAGAAGCUCAGCUUUAAAGUCACCGUGCUGCUCGCCGUUACUGUGAUGCAGCUUAUUCUCAAUGAAAUUCUGCCUUCGUCCUCAGACAAGAUUCCACUUAUAGCCAUCUACUGUAUUGGGAUUUUUGGUUUGAUGAUGCUGAGCCUUCUGGAGACCAUUUUGGUGAUGCAUCUGAUGGAGAAAGACUCCCGAGACAACGCGGCCGAAAGAGAGAGUGAGGGCUGUAACAAGAAGGACAAAGCCGACCGUAAAGACGAUGAGAAGAAAUGGACCUCUUGCAUCUGUGAUGUGUCUGCUGAUGAAACCCCAGCUGAACUGUUGAAGGGUAGCAGCAGCCAGCUGACGGAGGAGUCCCACUCCUCUGAAAAGCUCUCCGAUGAGCUGAGGGAUGUGCUGAAAACGCUGACUCUGGUCCUCAACAACAGGAAGGACGAAGGGAAGCCUGGCUACUGGACCAGAAAGGCUAAAACCAUCAACAAAUGUUUCUUCAUCUUCUACAUCAUAGCUGCCAGUCUGUUUUUACUCUGUAUGUUUCUUAGCUGGAGUCAUGCAUGA